GACAAAGCAAACACCGAGUCCAGAGGGCGGCUGUGGCGUAGUGGAGAGCAAGACGAGGAUUUGCUGAUUUUAAACAUGAAUCUUUCAUCCGUCAACGACACGUCAACAUGGACUGUGAAUCAGCGGGACAACUUCACCUCCGCUGUGACCAACAAUUUGAUCGUUACGGCCCUCUGCAUCUCCAUCAACUACAUCAACAGCACUCUGGUCCACACCUUCAGGAAGCACCAGAUGUUCAACACGAACCCUCGGUACAUUCUCUUCAUCCACCUGGUGAUCAAUGACAUGAUGCAGCUGAUCCUGUCCACGCUCCUCCACAUCAUCAGCUACGCCCUCCACACCGUCAGCGUCCCCGUCUGCCUCGUCCUGCUCAUCCUCGCCAUCCUCGCCACCCUCAACACCCCGCUCAACCUGGCCGGCAUGGCGGUCGAGUGCUACGUGGCCAUCUGCCUCCCGCUGCGUCACGGACACUUCUGUACGGUGAGGAACACCUGGAUCCUGAUUGGCCUCAUCUGGACGGCGAGCGCGUUCUCCAUCCUGCCGGAUCUCUUCAUCCUCUUGGCCACAGAGCCGCUGCACUUCUUCCACUCUGAGGUCUUGUGUUCCAGAGACUUUGUGUUCAGGAGCUCGUACAGCCUGAAGAAGAGGGACGCGUCGCACAUCGUCUGUCUGGUCCUGGUGUGGCUCACACUCCUCUACACUUACUUCAGGAUUCUGUUUGCUGCCCAGGAAGCCACUGCAGACACAAAGAAAGCCAGAAACACCAUCCUCCUGCACGGUUUCCAGCUGCUGUUGUGCAUGCUGACCUACGUCAAACCCAUGUUCGAACAAGGUCUGCUCUACGUGUUGCCCGACCGGUACCGGGACAUUCGCUUUGCCUGCCACGUCAUCGUCCAGAUCCUGCCACGCUUCGUCAGUCCCAUCGUCUACGGACUGAGAGACCAGACCUUCAGGAGACACAUGAGAAGGUAUCUGCUCUGUAGAGUGAGAAUAAGCAGCCAGCCAGAGAAUGUCCUCAUGUCCAACAGGAGGCCGAUGAGAGUGAAGUGA